AUGUAUCAUGAAACCGAUACAUUUCCUAUGACCUCAGCAUCGAUGAGAGGCCUCGGUAACACUGCGACUGCUUUGUGCGACUUAGCCGCUCUACCUUCCCGCAGAUACGCUCAGCAUACGGGGGGUAUCAAUGCACUCCGAAGCCUGAUAACAUAUUCAUCUUCCCAAUCAUUCCAUACAUCGCACCAAUGCGCAAUUCCUCGGAAUCGUUCUCGUGGAGCCUCAGCCCUACGGCGUCAACCAUACCCGGGGAGGGUCUCUCUUCAGUAUCUCGGAGACGAUCUACCUCAGCCAGUUACUGAUCCAUCCAAACAUACGGAUGUUGUCACUAGCCCAGAGCAUGGACUUUGGGGGUUUUUCAACAAAGAAAGGGUAUCUAUCCCAACCCCGGAAGAAGAUUACAGACACGGUCGAGCCUGGACUGUCGAAGAGUUAAGACAUAAAAGCUGGGAUGAUCUACACAAACUCUGGUGGGCUUGUGUGAAGGAACGUAAUAUAUUAGCAACCCAGCAGCUCGAACGCGAAAGAAUGAAGCCAGGCUACGGAGAAUCCGAGGCAUACACCCGUAAUCGUCUUGUUCGCGACACCCAGAGGGCAAUCAAGCACGCUCUUACCGAAAGAUACUAUGCCUGGCAGGAAGCGCUCAAGGUAGCCGAAUCAGAUUCUGAUAUUGACCUCAGUGGAAAGGGUCCCGCUUUCAACCCCCAGAACCUCGAUGUCGAAUCUUCUCCCAAUAUGCAAACCUCUAGCGCAGAGGUGAUACCAGAGGCUAGAUCAGAUGCAAAAGACACUAAACGCCUGGAGCUAUAG